UUUGGAACGCAGAGAUAGAUUUGGAACGCAGAGGUAGAUUUGGAAGGCAGAGGUAGAUUUGGAACGCAGAGGUAGAUUUGGAACGCAGAGGUAGAUUUGGAACGCAGAGGUAGAUUUGGAACGCAGAGAUUUGGAACGUAGAGGUAGAUUUGUGGAAAAGACUGCGUCAAGGUUUUAUUAUGGUCUGCAACAUGCCAUUUUUAGUUUUGGUCUUAUUUCACAUUUAACCGUGGCCAAUCGGUCAAGAUGUUAGGACAGCGGGGUUUUCGAGGUAGUGGGGUAAAGAUGACACCCUGUUCAAAACGGCACAAGCUCUCAAGGGAGAGUGAGUCCGGAGGUAGAGAUUGCCUGAAAGGCGAUGUUUCGUGAAACGCCAGGCUUUUGGACGGGCGAUAGCCUCAUCGGCCAAGCCUGCGACAGAAGCUGCGGCUUGCUAGUGGAGGGUAUCCCGACUGGCGUCCGCCAUGCAAUGCGUAUGCACCAUCUUCACAAUCAAAUGAGGGCUGUAUCGGGUCUACUCUUAUCUCAAGAGUCGAGGGGAAAUAUAAGAAGGAUGGCGACCAAAUACAUGCGAAACUUUGCAUCAUGUCCUUUUUGACGCAACGGCAAUUCUGCCCAUCAUGUCGUCUUCGGCUUUUCAACCUCAUGGACUUAUUAAAAACCCUGUUGAAGAAGCGUUGUAUCACAGAGCUCAUAUUGCGAAUGUUUACACUGGUAUAGCAGACCCAAAAGAGCACGAGACGUCUGCGCUCAUGGAGGUUGUGCUUUACAGCAACAUCUUCACCACCCGCGAGAACUUCAUGGUGAAUUCUCAACAGCCCCCUGCAAGCCAGUCCGACAAAAGGUGCGAUAUUGUCAUCCGGUAUCUCGAGCAAGGAACCCAUAAGAUCAGAAUCCUUUGCUUCGUCGAAUGCAAGCGGACCAGAACAAGUCAACCAUUCAGCUUGAAGGCACUGGAAAAGCAGGCAACCGAGUACUGCAUAUUGUGCCUCGAGAGUGAAGAAGACAUGGAGUUCGUGUAUGCUGCCACAAUGGCUGGUGCCCACGUCAGACUAUGGACAUGUCGGCGUGAUCAAAGUGAAAUGAUUCCAUUUUGGGGUCCUAGUAGCAUGGGGGACUGGAGCCAAUACAAAGACGUUGGAGACGAUACAGCUGGGCGGGAGAUUGAAUAUUGGUUUGGGCAGAUGAAACAACUGCCACCUACACCGCAUGCUGGUCAGAGUAGCCAUACCUAUGGUACAGCUAGCACCAUCACACCGAGCUAUCAAGCUUCCGCAUCAGGCCAUCAAAGCUCCGCAUCAAGCUAUCAAGCUCCAGCAUCAGGCUACCAAAUCUCCGCAUCAAGCUACCCAGCUCCCGCAUCAAGCUAUCAAGCUCCAGCAUCAACCUAUCAAGCCCCAGUAUCAGGCUAUCAAAUCUCCGCAUCAAGCUAUCAAACGCCCACAUCAGUCUAUCAAGUUUCCGCAUCAAUGGAUCGAACCUCCGACUACCAAGCCAGCUCUUAUAACUCAUCAACAUUCCCCCCGGCGUUUCAGUCGGGAGAGAGUGUUGCAGCUGGUGGGAACAACGAGCGAACAGGCGGUGAGAUUGGUGAUAGCGAAGAACACGACGAGGAUGACCAGAUGGAGGAGCUAGGAGAUAAUCAGCAAGCAACAGCGUCAACUGCAGUAACCAACUACUAUAUCGUCAAGGUGACCAGAAAAACUCAUAGGAUGUCGAAGGAUGAAUUCAUUUUCAAGGACAAAAACGGAAGGUCGAGAACGACCAAACAGGAUGACUGGAGGAGAAUGACUUACAAUGGACGGACUGCUUGGAAACAUCAUAAGUAUGUCUGCUUUGAUGAUAUUUUUGGAUAA